ACACUUCUCCAUCAAUAUAUCUCCCGCUUGUGUAAGAGCUGGACGUGUGAUAAUGAAAACGAUAUGUUGCGUGGUUAUAUUUACAACACUGUGGCACGUUUUUCAGACCGAGACAGAUGAACUAAAAUUAGUUGCGGCACUUUUUAGACAUGGCGAUAAGACACCAGAUGGAUUAACGACAUACCCUAAAAACCCACACACCAACUUCAGUUACAGCCCGUAUGGUCGGGGUGAACUUACUGAUCAAGGAAGAAGACGAGCGUACCUACUAGGCAAUGCACUAAGAACAAUGUAUAGUAAAUAUCUAGAUGGAGUUGAAGUAAAAGCGACAAGUACUGAUUUUAACAGAACCAAAGACAGUUUGUACUUAGUACUAAACGGACUAUUUGACGACAAAGACAACUUCGAUCUCAGUCAUCCUUUAAAACAAUUUCAUUUUGAAGUUGCACCAGUCCAAAAUAGUAGACUUCUUUCGUUUCCAAUUAUUUUUUGUCCACGGUAUCAAGAAAUUUACAAGCAGUAUAAAGCAUCCGAAGAGGGAAGAAAAUUAUUUAAAAAGUACGCAGAACAUUUUCCCUACAUAUACGAGCACACGGGAGUGAAUAUCACGAAUAUCGUGCAGUUAGUGCCUAUUUUUGAAACUAUCAAAUCUAAUAAAGAAUGGGGGAUGAAAACACCUACUUGGGCAAAACCCGUAUAUCAGUAUUUAAUGUCUGCGGUUGAAGAUUUUUAUAUGUCAAUGGUAGCAUGGCCAGGUCUUAACAAACUUUUUGGAGGUGUUUUGCUCAAUGAAAUCUUGCGCAACAUCGAUACGAAUAUGGAAACAAAAAGACUCUUUUUGUAUUCUGCACAUGAUUUGAACGUUGUUGGAUUAUUGGGGGCAAUGGAACUCCACUGGGCACACAUUCCUUAUUACACCGCGUGUAUUAUAAUAGAAUUAUACCAGAUAGGUCACGAUCCUUACGUAAAGGUAUUGUAUCAACAAGACUAUUCAAAAGGAUUUAAAGAAAUGAGACUACCUGAAUGCGAUGUGCUCUGUCCACUAGAAAAAUUCAAAAAGACUGUCGAUAGAAGCAUUCCUGGCGACAAUGACCAUUGUUAAAUAAUUAGACACAGGAUACGAUUUUCCUAGUUGAAUCGUAGGAUUAACAACUUUUUUAAUAACGACUUUUGUUUUUUAUUUUCUGUUUCAUAAAUAAAUAAAUGCACUUACAAAUUUUA